UUUUUUGUUUUUUAUCUUUUAUUAUUAUUUUUACGCACUUUACUCUGCCUGCGCUUUCGCCUCGCUUGCAGAACUCCUGAGCGUAUCGGCGAAGAGCAGGGGGGGUUGACAAAAGGCGUUUAAACGGACGGGAGGAUAGAUGUAGCAGAGGGGUGCGGGUCGCGCAGCGGGAGAGAGACUUGUGUGUUUUCGUGGCGAAGCUGUGGCUGUGUUGGAGUUGUGUGGCAAAAUCCUGCAAUGAGGAACGCGUAUUUUAGAAGCUGCAACACCACAACCACCCGGGUCACGGCUAUGGCUUCUCUUCGCCGCAGUUUGUAAGAAGGAAGAUCUGUGUGCACUGUAAGUGUCGCCGUGAGGAGCAUGCAGUGACAGCCAUGCCUGUAGAGAUGGAGAAGACGGUCACCAAGCUGAUGUACGACUUCCAGAGGAACUCUACGUCCGAUGACGACUCAGGCUGUGCCCUGGAGGAGUACGCCUGGGUACCGCCAGGACUCAAACCUGAACAGGUUCAUCAGUACUACAGCUCUCUGCCCGAGGACAAGGUGCCCUACGUGAACAGCCCAGGAGAGAAAUACCGCAUCAAACAGCUGCUCCAUCAGCUCCCGCCCCACGACAAUGAGGUGCGCUACUGUAACGGUCUGGACGACGAGGAGAAGCGAGAACUUAAGCUCUUCAGCAACCAGCGGAAACGAGAGAAUCUGGGUCGCGGCAAUGUCCGUCCGUUCCCCGUGACGAUGACGGGAGCGAUCUGCGAACAGUGUGGAGGCCAGAUAAAUGGCGGUGAUAUCGCUGUGUUUGCCUCCCGGGCGGGACAUGGCGUGUGUUGGCACCCCGCAUGCUUUGUUUGCAGCAUGUGCAACGAGCUUCUCGUGGACCUCAUCUACUUCUACCAGGAUGGGAAGAUCUACUGCGGCCGGCACCACGCCGAGAGGCUGAAGCCACGCUGCACUGCCUGCGAUGAGAUCAUCUUUGCGGAUGAGUGCACCGAGGCAGAGGGUCGUCACUGGCACAUGAAGCACUUCUGCUGUUUUGAGUGUGAGACGGUGCUCGGGGGCCAGCGGUAUAUCAUGAAGGAGGGACGGCCCUAUUGCUGCUCCUGCUUCGAGUCCCUCUACGCAGAGUACUGUGACUCCUGCGGAGAACAUAUUGGCAUUGAUCAAGGCCAGAUGACAUAUGACGGGCAGCACUGGCACGCCACAGAGGGCUGCUUCUGCUGUGCUCGCUGUAAGCGCUCUCUGCUGGGUCGGCCUUUUCUGCCCAAGCAGGGUCAAAUCUUUUGCUCACGUUCCUGCAGUCUGGGAGAAGAACCCAAUGGCUCUGACUCCUCUGAUUCAGCCUUCCAGAGCGCUCGCUCCACCAGAGAGUCCAGACGCAGCUCUAAGAUGGCAAAGAAUGGUGGAGGAGGGAGUGGAGUGCAAACCGAAAGAUUUUCGGGGGAGGUGGACCCACUGUCUUUACAAAUGGAUCUUCUGAGUCUCUCCAGCCAAACACCCAGUUUGACUCGUGAGCCGCCUUCUUGGCAGAACCAGGAGCACGCAGGUGAUGGCUAUAGUUAUGACUCCCAAUCUGAUCCAACUGCUAACCCCACUCCUCUCCAGCUCCUCAGCCAGUGUAAUGUCAGGAGUGCUUAUAACCCCACCUGCUCUGGACAGAAUAAUCAACAGCAGGAUCAUAGGAUCAAGGAAAAUGGAGGUUUAAAGCGACCCCCCAUCUCAGCCAUGAAGGGCCACUCUCUGAAUGAGACAUGGUUCCAACAGCCAGCUCCAGAGGAGUACUAUCCACCCAAACUGAGGACCCAAAAAAGCUUCACUGAAGUAUCCCAUUGCUCUCAGCACCACAACGGCUUCUCCUCGGACAAGCGCUCAAUUAGUUUGCACGGUUUUCAGAGGGAUAGAGAUGCAGGGCCUCCAGCAACUACCCAAGUGGCAAGAAGCAGGAACCCCAUUAAUGCACUUAACUUCACAGAGCAACUGACCCCAUUAGAGCAGACCCCAAGAGGAUCCAUGGAGUCCUUGGCUCUGUCCAAUGCUACAGGCAACUCAGCAGAUGGAGGUGGAAAGCGUCAGGAGCACCUUUCUCGUUUCUCCAUGCCGGAUCUUAGCAAAGACUCUGGAAUGAAUGUGUCAGAGAAGAGUAACAUGGGUACCCUCAACUCCUCAGUGCAGUUUCGUAGCUCUGAGUCAAUUCACAGUCUCCACGCCAGUCAGGCCUACAUGGAAAUAAACCCCCCCAGGUCCUCCCAGUACCAGGUGCAGUACUGUGACCCUCCUGGCAUGGCUGUGGGUAUGGGCAUGACUCACUUACCGCCUGGCUUCACCUUCCAAGAGGAGGAUAGGAUUAGUUUGGUGAGUAGCGCCAAUGCUGCACGCCUGCCACCCAUUAGCGAGCGCAGGGUGGGUGGCGUUGGAGGCGGAGGUGGAGGAAGGGGAGCAAGUAUCCGGAUAGAUGCCCAAGAAGAGACUCCACAGAGGCGCCGGCACCACCAUCACCGCUCCCGGAGAUCCCGACGUUCUCGUUCAGAAAACGCUCUCCACUUGGUGGCAGAGCGAAGGGCAAGACCUCAAGAAAGACCACAGCUGCGUGUCCGAGAGGAUUACGACCGCUUCCCACCACCAAGGAGUGCCAGGGAGCAGUUCGGGGUCGGAGGAGGAGGAGGCGGAAGAUAUCAGCCCCAACUCUUCAGGCAGUGCCCAAGGACCACUUCAGACCUAACUCUACAGAACCCCGGGGCCAGCAGACGCACUGGCUUGAACCAAUACUCCUGGGAUGAUUAUGAUGACGAUGAUUGGUGCUCCACAUGCUCCUCAUCCUCUGAGUCAGAGGAUGAAGGUUACUUCCUGGGUGAGCCGAUCCCCAGGCCCAUCCAGCUGCGCUACCUCAGCAACCAGGAGCUGGUCCAUAAGUACAACAACCCGGGGAUGGGAGGACCCAACCGCAGCGGGCAGUUGCACACCCGCAAACGCAGAAAAAGCAAGAACUGCAUUAUCUCUUAACAUCCUGACAUUUGGUACAGUAAAUGACUAUUUGCUCAACUUGUGUACACUAACAUCCUCCAUCUGGAACAAAAAAAAAAACAAACACCCAGUUCAUAUAUUGAGUGUUGUUGAGUGUUAAUUAACAUGUAAUUGAAAGUCAGUGAUGAAUUCAGUCGGUAAACAGUGAAAACGCAACAGUGUUUGCAUGUUUGUUCAUUUUAAUGUUUCAGAAUAUCUCCUGUUAUUAAGGCUAACAGUUACAUGUGCAGUUCUAUCAAGUCACAACUUUUAUCAAAAGCGGAUGUGCAAUUUUCUUUUUCUUUUCUUUUUUUAAAAUCAUAACUUCAUUUCCAUGCAGCAGACAAGUGUACAACAUAGUCAGUUUGGUACAGUCAGUUUUGCUUUUUCAUGCAAUGUGAUUUAGAUAUAGGAUAUACUGUGCUAUUGAAUUCAGUUCAUAGUAUGUAUAUAGAUAAAUGAAUUAAUAAUUUCACUUAAGUUAAGGAAGUCAGUGUAAAUAUGGUUGUAAAUGAGGCCUCACAUAUUUUUAUAUUUUGUAUGGAUAGAAGCAUUUAUGUAUUAAAUAUCUAUAAUGUAGAGAUAGAACAUGACAAAAACAACGUAUGCAUGUGUUAUUGCGCUGACCUGGUCCUGCAUUUGGAAUAAAGGAGUAUUUCAAUGAG